AUGUAUAUUCUGUGCAUUACGGUAAAGUGUGGGUUUUCCACUCAGAAUCUCUGAGUCUACCGUGUGUUUUUUUUGAUAAAGCAAACCAACGCGAUGUAAAUAUAGGAACCUCAAACAUCACACACACCGGCCAAAACAGAGGAAAGAAAGCGGGCUACAAUAGUAUGAGCUAAGUCUGUCUCCCGUCAACAACACCAAUAUCCCCUCCUACGGUUUCGGGAGUUCUCUUCAGUACAGUGUGAACCAUGGCCACCAAAUCGCACCCCCCCUUGAUGAAGAAGCACAGCCAGUCAGACCUAGUCAGCCGGCUGAAGACCAGGAAGAUCCUUGGGGUCGGAGGGGAGGACGACGGUGGAGAAGUGCACAGGUCUAAGAUCAGUCAGGUUCUGGGCAACGAGAUCAAAUUUUCAGGUCGGGAACCUUUGGGUCUCAGGGUUUGGCUGGUUGUUUCCGCAGUGAUGCUCACGGUCUUGGCUUUAAUGGCCCUCACAUUCCCUAUCCAGCUGUAUGAUACCAUCUUCGAUGAGGAGCUCGUUGGCACCAAGAUGUCCAUUAGACUGUAUGGAGGGGCACUUCUCAGCAUCUCCCUAGUCAUAUGGAAUGCGCUCUACACAACAGAGAAGGUGAUAAUCCGAUGGACCCUGCUGACAGAAGCAUGCUAUUUCGGUAUACAAUUUUUAGUGACUGCCAUCACCCUGGUUGAGAACGGCACAGUGUCCAACAAGGCUCUUGUCCUGGUCUUCAGCCGAGUCGCGUUCGUUGGCAUCAGUCUUUGUUACUACUACCAGCUGGGGCGCAGGCCCAAGAAGAUCUGAACCCAGGAGAGGGGCUCCGGCUCUCCACAGCAAGGGAGACUGUCCUGACCAGACCCAGAUUUACCUUUUCCAUUUCAUCCUCAACACAGCAAACUUUUGUCUAUACAAGCCAGGAAUAGACAGGUACAACAACAUUAGUACAUGGGCAUUUCCAACAAUAUUUGGUAACAUUUGUGGAGGUUAGUAUCAAAGCGGUACCGCAUGGUAAGUGAUGUUUGACAGGCAACUUCAAGUACUUUCAUUCAUUAUUACAGUCAAGGCCUUGCAUUUCUCUGUUAUGACUGCCAAAAUGAGUGCAUAUAAUGGCCUUGAGGUAGCUGGUUCAUCUUAUAAAUAGCUUGCUGGAAGAAGGGAAGGUAUAUUGUGCAAAGACUUUGGAUUGCCCUCUUCACCUGACCUCCUCACUUUUGCAAUAAGUGGCAGUUUUAAAGAAGGGUUAUAAAAUAAAUGUAAAUGUGGAUUUUUUUUCAUGAACAUUGAGCAGCCUUGUUAUACCAUUGGGAUUAAUAAGGAAUAGCAUUUUAGUUUAAUAUGUAAUAUUUCAAAAUCUGCCACUUAUUGUAAACGAAAGUUACCAAAUAUAUGAUUGAACAUAAUGAUACCAGGAUAUAAAUUUGUUUAUGCAGUAAAUACAGUAGAUUUAUUUAAAAUAGGAUUACCAUAUCCAACAUAUGUAUGUGGAUAUGUACUGUGUUUAAGUAAAAUAUCAGCUGAGGUGGUGCUGCAGUAUUUCAGUGGCCAGUUCUGUGCUUCUCAAACAUUAAAAGGUAGAAGAUACAGUACUGUUUUAUUCAUUCUUCUUCUCCUUUGUGUAAACCUGUUUAAAAUGACGUGUUCAUUUUCCUGUGGUAUAUAUUGUUACAGCACGGCAGAAAACAAGCUCUGGUUUGGGGCCAAUUUCAGCUCAAAUGACCUUCCAGAACUUUAGUCUUCCUCAUUUGUGGAAUAUAACUCAUAUAUAUUGUGCCUCUGGUGUCGAUGCCUACGUGUGGGUUCAGAAAUAUUUAAAUUAAAGGGAUGUCAUUAUCAACAAGAGAGAAGCUAAAGUCAUGUAUAUAUUUGAAACAUACCAAGACAUUAUCACAGUUUGCAUUCUAAAAUUAUGCACCGCGUUGCAUACUGCGUAUUUCCAUUUACUGUAAAGCCAUACAUAUUUGCGAGCCUUUUAUAAUGCGUUUUUCACAUAUGGGAAAAAAAAAAUUCCACUAACAAUACAUACUUCGUAUAUUGCAACAGGUCGCCAACAUUUCUGGAGCAAAAUAGGUUUUAUGAUUCACCAUAUAUUUUGUUUGCAAGUAUUUAUGGCUUUACAGUAUUCUACCCACUGUACUGCGUCAGGAUCUGUUAACCCUUUAAGUGUUUUUGCAAGAACUUCAAUCACUGCCUGAUAGUCAAUACCUAUCCUCCUCCACUUCAAACCAAAGGUGUUUGGAUUCGAUUUAGGGAAUGCAAUAGGGUUUACUUCCUGCUGAUUGGUUUAAAGCAUGUCGCAUUACCAUUUUGUAUUAAAAAUAAAUACAAGUAGCUGAAUAUACACAUUGCAAUGUCAAAAUGAUUGCCUUUUGGAUUACAAAUCCUGACUUUUGUUGGCUUGUAUCAUAUAGAUAAACAAAACGCUUUAACUAGAAAUUAUUAUCAGUGUCGUUGUGAGAUAAUGUGGGGUUAGUGUUGGCUCUACCCCACAAAGUGUUCCUUUACUGUCCCAUUGAAAGAAGUUGUAUGUUUAAGUUUUGCUGGGUCGCACAGGCAGCGUACACAUACAGUACUGCAGACGUGGAGCUGGAGUUUGGAAUCAUAAUACAAAAGUUGAAAACAAGUGGUGAGGUAUCCGAGAACAAGGAUAUUUAUGGUGUUACAUUUUAAUUGUUCAAUUCCAAAGGGACAUCUGACAUUCGUUUUAUUUAUUUUUUAUUGUCUCUCAAAGUGAAUUCGAAGGGUGCAGAACUGGGAUUAUUGUAUUGUGGUGUUGAUUUAAAAUGGAACAAGAUGAAUACGCUUACAAGAAAUAAAAUACAGCCAGUAUUAAGCAGGUUGGUGAUUUUUGCAGUGGGAUCCCUGCAGGGUUUACAAGGCGAGAUGGAGUCACAAUCUCAUCAGACUUGAUCACUUUUCAGUAUAGGGCAGCAGUAAGUGAGGCAAGUCUACUGCUAUAACAUUUACCCUGAAAGUAUAACAUUCCUCAUGGAAGUCAGAAUACACAAGGGUUAAACCUGAAAAAAUAAAAUGUACUUGUAAUGUAAAAGAAAAGAGUUUAAAGAGCAUGAAGUCUUCAGGCAAUCACCAUGGAAACCACAGACAUUAAAACCGUUUCAGGGAACAAAAGAAAAUGAACAAAAGAAAACACAUUACAACAUUAAAAUAACAUAAACAGCUCUUAAACUGUGGGCAUAUUGGCCAACCCACAGUAUUUUUGUGACACAGAAAAUAUGUACAGUGGAAAAAUACUUUGACUAAAUGCUUGUUUGACUGAAUGUUCGUGUGCAGAUUUUGCACAAAUAAGACAGUAGCCAUAGUGGGACAUAUUUUCUGGUAUAACAGUGGUAUUUUAUUAAUUCUGAAUAGGCUAUGCUAAAUAGUAAUUAUUAAUAGUGCUAUUGCUUCCUUGUCAUUCUUUCUUGUAUCAUUUUUUUUUUUUACAUUAAAUAAUGUAAACACAGUUGGUUGGUUUGGCAGCCAAACUUGCAUGUUAGUUCGUAACAGAAUCCUAUGGUGGAACGCAUGAUGACUGUGGUAAUGUUUACCUGUGAUCCCUUUUAGUCCAGCAUUACGCACAUGCAGAAUCUGUGUAGUAGAUGGGAACACAGACAAAUCCACGAGACAUGAUCAGAAAAAGAGGAUAGCCAAAAAAACAUCACAACCCUUUUGAUUGGAAUACCACGAAGAAUGAAGCAAGAUGUCACCACAUCAUCCAGGAGCUCAGACCUGUGCUUGAAGGAAUACAAGUCGGGUUUCAAUGGAAACCAACCCCAAAAUGUCAACACCAUCUACUCAGACCACAACUCAACCCAUUACAAUCCACCGAAAAACAGACAGAAGCGCAGAGGAGAGGAAAAUGAGGAUUUGAUCCAGCUCCAAACCCAAGUCAGGCAAAACAGAAAACCACUGACAUGCUUUCCAUGAACUAAUGGAAAAGAGCACAGGACAACGAUGAAACAACUUUCAAAACCAGCAAAGCAACCAAUGACAAGUACGUAUCAAUCAGAGACCAUCAAAAAACACGAGAGAGAAUUGGAAUGAGCAUCUGCCAUAGACAACACUGCGUCCACAGGUUAACUUUACCACAGCCAUCAAAAGUACAACCAUGGGAUUCUGUAAUAAACUAACAGGCAAGUUUAUUCUUAUUAUUCUUCUUCUUCUUCUUAUUAUUAUUAUUAUUAUUAUUAUUAUUAUUAUUAUUAUUAUUAUUAUUAUUAAUAAUAAUAAUAAUAAUAAUAAUAAUAAUAAUAAUAAUAAUAAUAAUAAUAAUUUAUUUCUUAGCAGACGCCCUUAUCCAGGAUGACUUACAGUUGUUACAAAGUAUCAUAUUACAAAAUAUCACAUUACAGGUAAGAGCAGUUAUAAAAUACAAUAAAAUCAAUAGUAAGAACAAACUCAAAUGAGAGAAAAUAAACAAUACAGUAAAUACGUUUGAGAACGAUUAUGACUAAGAGCAGUUAAACUUACAAAAAAUAUUUGGUUAUAAGAGUAAUUUCCAUAAAGAGCAAGUAGUAAGUACAAUAAAUGGAUCAAUUUAAUUGUCAUGACCACGAUUUCAAACAGCAUGCAUGCAUAUCAGUCUUAUGUGCUACCAAAGCACUGCAAGAAAGACAGACAAAGGUAGCAACAAAUCUGUAGCACAACUAAUAACAGAAUUAACCAAAAUACCUCUGCUAUACCAGAAUAUAUUUCCUACUUAAAGUAUCACCAAAUCUACCUGCUUACCCUUUUCUCAUCUUUGUUGUUCCCUUUUUUAUAUAUUUUCUUUACCUAAACAAAGGUCAUUUUUCUUACAUUUUCCUUGCCUAUAUGGCCUGCUGUUACUAGCACCAUUCACACCACUGCAGGGCUACAGUUGCAUACAUGCAAGACCAUUAGAAGACCCUUCAUAUUUCAUCAAUUGGGGGUGAACUGUAUGAAUCAAAACUCAUUUCAACUCCUAGUCGAAACAUUGAACUUAUUAAGUUUCUUGAUGCGUAGAGUUUUUUUUUUAUAAACUACUAAACAUUUUUGGUUGGUUUCACAGACCCUGAUUAGCACUAAUCUUGAGCUACCUAAUGUUACAUUAGGUAAAGUAGUCCAAAAUUUGUACUAGGGGUGCAACAAUUAAUCGAUGCAUCGAUCAUUGAUCAUUUGUUCCUAAAUGUCCCGAGCUUCGAUUACAUAUUGAUAAAUCGAUGCAUCAAAUUAGAACCCAGUUUGAAAUCUCCUGUUGCCGGUUUGCAUUAAACCCUUCAGAGUGUGAGAGUGCGCUUCUUUUAGUGCUAGUAUGGUAGAUCAGCAUGUUGCUAGGAUACACUUGGUAAGAUUUGUACAUAAUAUGUAUUUAUUUAUGAUCUUUACAUGUUGGUCUGAACCACAGGGAGGUGACAAGGAGAUACAAGUACACUGGCAUCAGUGUAAAAAUCCCGCAACAUUUACCAUAAUUCUCAUAGUGUAAUGCACACAUUUUAGCUGCAUUUCUGUGUGUUUUGCACAACAUGUAUUCUAUAUUGCAUACUAUAAUUUUCUUUCUAAGGUGGUACACAAGAGGUGCAUGUUAAUUGAAACGAUAUAUUGCAGUUCAGUGCCGAUUUGAGAGGAAAUAAAAUGGGAUAAUUAGUAUAAAAAAAAAAAAAAGUUAAAAAAAAAUCCAUUCCAUAUGCUGAUCAAGUGUUGAAAUUCAAAUAUUUUGUGUUGACUUUAUUAAUAUUAUUCUUUUUAAAUGCAACAACCUGUAACAUUCAGAUGCUUUACAGGAAAGGUGAAUGGUUGUUCUAAAUAUGCAUUUUGUUUUUUGUUAGCUUUGAAAUACCUUUGGAAACUACAGAUGGAAUAUUGUGUUUGUAAAGAAAAAGUUAAAUAAAUUGUGUUUUUUUCUUGUU